AUCUCACGUUAUUGAUCUGCACGUCUCGAUCUAUUAUACAGCACCAGAUGCUACUAUAAAAUGUACAGAAGAAACUGCUCAACCACUCCUUCGAGAGGUUAUUCAUUGUAAAACGAAAUCCUAAAAUUCUAAAAAAAAAAAGAAAAAAAAAUUGUACAAACGCAGUCUGGGGUUAUGUAGUAUUAAUGUCAUAGACUAAGCAGAUUAUUCCAAGAAGUUCUUAAGAAAGACACCGUGAGUGUUACUAAUCUAGUAAAUGAAGUGUUCACAGGAAAAAGGGGGAAUCUUAAGUCAACACUUCUUAGAAAACGAAAAUUUAUUUUUCUAUAAUUUUAGAAGAAUCGUCCUUUAUGUAAUAUUUAGGAAAAUGGUUUUCUUUACAAGGUUGUGCGACUGAUAGUAUAUUUGUACGACGAUCGCAAAAGCUUGUAAAAGUAGUGUCGUAUCUUCACACUUGUUGCAUUCGAUGCUCUUCGCCAUUAUCCCAAAAUAAGUAACGCUAUAUUUUAUUUUGGUCACGACGAUAUUUAUCGCUACGAUUUCAGAUGAAGAAAUUUUGCAUGAAGAAACGUUCAUAUACCAAACGUUUCAUUACAAAGAAGAUAUAGAUAACUGUAACAAUAUUGUUUAAUGAAUGGAGAAGCUUCCUGGGAAAAGGAUUCAUAAGAUAAAAUAGAACUAUGUUAGAACAUGAUGUUGUAUAUUAAUAAAAACAUUAGCAGUAGAUUAAAUUAUCAUUAAUAUUAAUAAUAUAAUAGACCUUAAAGAAUCUUAAGAUAUAAUGUUAACUAAUACAAUUAUUUAAUUGCACUCGGAAUUUGUUUCCAGAAAGCAUCUACAAUACAAUUGCAAAUACAUUUAUAACAAUCAGCCAUUCAACUCGAAAGUUCUCAGACUUAACUAGAAAAAAAUAUUUUUCCUCUCGAAUGAUUUAAUUGUCAAAGCGUCCUAGUGCAGAAUCGGUGAAGAACAAGGAAUGAAUAAGUGAUGAAUAACUCUGAGACCAACUAUUUUUUACAUUUUUUCACCAGUAAUUUAGUUGAAACGAAGAUGGGAACAUGGUUACGUUCUUAGACUGCUAUGAAGUGAAAGAAAGGAUUGGUUCAAGGAUGGGAAAAGGGGUGAAAGCAAAGGGUGGAAUCAUUGUUACAGAAAAUGGAUGGAAAUCCACGAUGAAAUCUUUUCUAAAACGUAAAUGAAAUGGAGAUGAAAGACGAUGAACGAUGAGAUUGCGGACCGCGUGCAUCAAUGACACUCGAUUACGUUCGAUUAAAUUACCAUUCGUUUAACGUUGACAUAAUUUCAAGAUUAACUUGAUUAUAUAGAAUCAUUGAUCGUACGUUUUUCUUUAUGUUCUAUUUUAGCUAUUUGAAAUCUGUAAUUAUUUUCACGGUGUACUUGGACAACUCGAUACUUAAAUUAAAAAAAAUUGGGAAAAAAUAAGUUAGUUUAAACAUUAGUUAACUAUCAUUUGACACGAAAAAAGAUAAAUAAAAUUGAUACAAUCUAGACAAAGAAGAUGUACAAAUAAGUGCGUGAUAAAUAGCUAAUUUAAAAGAAUUGCAAUCAUUACUCUAAAAAUGAGCUUUGCUACAUAACAUAUAAUGAAAUAUAUUAUUUCUCUAAUAUGAGGUAAUUUGUUUUAUUCUAUUUUUCGUUAUAUAUUUGAAGUCUUUCAUUAAUUAAUCUGUUUGAAUUGUCAUCUGUAAUUUAUAUUUGUUUUAGAACUGAAAAUUUUAAGUAACUGGAAUCAUUUUUAAGAAAUAUAUUAAUACUUUAUUUACUGCAUCUGUAUUUUUCAUAUUCUUUCUGUAUAUAAAGUUUCAUUCAAACUAGGAUAAACUAUAAACGUUUAUGUUUUAAAAUCUUGGUAUUUCAAUAAUUUUGCAAAAUAAAAUUAAAUGAUUUUUUUCUUUUGUACUUUUAAGGGGUGGUGAAAGUAAAGAGAAAAGAAAGGUUCGAAGCUGCGAUUCGAUCGUAGCGCCAUCGUACGAAGCACGUGAAAGGUCAUUAACCAAGAAUCGAUAAGGCAGGAAGGGUGGGUCGAUAAGGUCGGUCAGAAAAAAAACAACCCCAUUUCAUUACUCGUACUGCGAUAUCAAAGGAUGAGAUAAUAUAAAUAAAAGAACUGUUCCACGAAAAUGAAAAGUUCUUUUUUCCGCGGGAAAAAUAAGCGGACGCAUAAAAUGAGAGAGAAUAAACACCGAGAGAAAUAAACAAACGAGACUUCUAGAAAAGAUAAACAAAAGAAGAGCGAAAGAAAUAAAAUUUUGGUGUUAUAUUCGUAUAACGCUCAAACAUCCGCCCACUUAUGUCAUAAAAUAUAUAAAAUUCAUAUUGAAAGAAAUACCUUCUGAUAUGAAUGAAUUCUUUACAUAUCUAUAUCAACGUUUAAAAAAAAUUACAUUUUGAAAAAUUUUACUCAAUCACAGAAUUUACAAGAAUUUAAAACAUUACAAAAAAAUGUCAGAAAUUUAUUCUGAAUAAAAAUUCCAAUUAUAAAAAUCAUAGUUAAAAUAGAGGAGAAUAGGAGACAAGAUAACAUGGUAAGAAAAACAAUUGUUGGAAUUCUCAGCACGAUAAUCGCCGCUGAUAUGGUAGACUGUUAUCUGGUUGCGAAUUAAUUUCGCGAUCAAUUACUUGCGAGUGCAACAUACAAGUACGUAGAAGUUUCUGUUUUUUAGAAAAACUCAAACACCGGUUUUCAUACUAUUUGACCAAUUUCCAUUCCUCUGAACAUCGAACGUUUUUGAAUUUUGCUUUACAACUCCGAGAGAUCGAGAUUUCCACGUCGACGAGCCUUGUCGUCUUCAGUUGGCUUAAAUCGAACGUCAAUCAAAUUGAUGCCAGGCAUAUAAAAUUCUUUUUUACCAAUUGAUCUCAUAACUAACGGUCCAAUCACGGACAGCUGCUGCUUUUUACUCGAUCAUCAGUGAGUUUUCUGUUCAAGCUUUCUAAUUGCUGAUAGUAUAUGCGCUACAAUCUCUCUUGUAGCCUGUCCAGUGUAAAUCAACGUUAAGCAUGCUACACGAACGUAAAUUUUAUGUAUUUUAUGUAUUACAACAUGCACACGUGAAGCUUCUUACCCUUGAUUCGCCUCAAUUCCAAUGAGAUUUUCUAUUAUCAUUUUUUUAUAUACUUAUAUUCUUUUUUUUUAAUAUUAAUCUUGGAAUGAUUAAUAAUCUUACCGAUAGUACUGAUUAAAAAUUACAACGAGUUAGAUACUCUAUUUUGGUAUUUCGUAUAUUUUUACAUACCGUAUGCCUUCCUUACACAUUCUCACUGCAUAAAAAUUCGCAGUCUAAUAAUAAAUUUAGAUGAGCUCCACGUGUCUCUUUCCGCGUGGUCUUUUACGUAAUGACUUAAGGAGGCUUACAGUCGUCCUGGCAUUAAUUUUAAAAUUUAUAUCUACAUACGUAACGUCAAAAAGUUAAUGGGUAACCAAUAAGAUACAAAUACGUUGUGAAGGAAACAUCGAACUCAUUUCCGUAAUGGCACAUAAAAAUGAACGAUGUCGAAUAGCAAAUCUCUCGAUUGUCUCAGGUGAGGAGGAAGUCGACAUUUUCGCCCGAUCGCGAAAGGAUCGCGUCAGGAAGGUACGCGGGUAACGAGCGAUUCGCGUAAACUUGUCGUCGCUCGUAAAAUGCAACGUUUACAGAUCGACCGACCGAUCCGCCGGUUUAUGCGCGCGCACGCGAUCCCAAACAUAGGAAGUUGAUAUAGAAGUCUAUUCUCGUUGAAUAAAUAAUCAGCCCGACGCGACGCACGGCUCGAAAACACACGGCCCCUCGAUCGGUUGCCGCGCGAUUUCCAACCAGAACCGAGGCGUCUUCACGAUCCUCGCACCGCCCUCACUUUUUGGGAACGUCCUCUAUCUAGUGAAGGUUGAACUGAACUCUGGAUAAAUGUUGAUAAGUCUGGUUGCAGGAAUUUUCGUCUGAAGACGAUCCGAGGAGAACAUUGUUCAAUAUUGAAAAAAAAAAGGAACACUACAGAGGACAGUGUAAUUAUUAAACAGCAGAUAUUUUGCAAGAAUUUAUAAAAAUAUGUAAAAUUCUUCGCACAAUUUUCAAUCCAAUUGUGUUUUCCUAUUUUAUUAAAAAAUUACUUUAACCUAGGAAAAAUAGGAAAUUUUAGAAAAAUUAGUGAUAGACUAACAGACUAGAAAAUUAAUUAUGGAUAUUUCUUUAGACACUAAACGUUAUUUUAUAUGUAGAAAUGAGAAACCAUGUUGAAAUGUACCUAUCCUUGUUUUAAUUCUUCUCAAGAGUAGAGUAGUUUUUUUUACUGGAUGGUCUAGAAUUUGUCAUUUAUGGUAUCUCUUCCAAAAUUUCUACCCUCUAAGGAAACAGGUUUCACCAAAAAUGCUGCUUAAAAGGUGCUCCAUUUGCGAUGAAUACCUACUUCAAGGACACCGAAACUACUCCAAGACUAAAGGUAUUCUGUAAUAGGAAACUUUCACGAAGCAACGUUCUUCUAACAAAAAAAACGAAAGAAUAUCGAUAGAGGACCUACUUCAAACAUAAUUGUGCGACGAUCAAACUAAUCAAUUUUCGUUUUACAUUUUUUUCUAAUAAUCUUCAUUUAUUUUAUAUAUGUAACUUUCAAUUUCAUUAGUCAGAUACAUGAUUAAUAUUUAACAGUUCAAAAAACUAAGGACUUAUAGUUUUAUGGAUUUAUUUGUUAAGUGAAAAUAAUAUAAAUAAUUGUCACAAUUGUUCAUAAUUGUCUUUGCUUUCCAAUUUAUAAAGUUAAUCGACAUGAGUUCUGAGCGUUUCGUAUAUCCUCCGAACAACGAUAAAUUAGAUACGUGAAUGAAAAACAACCAGUGUUGAGUCGAGUCAUCGACAUAAGGAAACCUAAGAUAGAAAAAAUUCGCGUCACUGAUAAACGAACCGGUUGUAUCCGCGUGGCAGUAUAAUAAGCAGCGCGAAGGAAGGUUCAUCGCAGGGAAAAUAAAUUCUGCACCUUAUUAGACGCGAAACCGCGGGAGAAACGCGUGAAACGAAAAGAAGCGGUGGAGAAGACGAGAAAAAAGAAAAGAAGAACGAGCCAAUCGCACGGUUUCGAAAGCGCAGCCGGUUCGUGAUAAAGACCCGCUGCUGUCGAAGCGAAAUACGCGCGCGAGUCGUGUAGAAAAUGGUGGCCGAAGCGGCACGGGAAUUCAAAUAAAUUCGAGGUCGUUCCGUAAAAACAUGGACGCGGGAUAGAUUUUACGACAUUAUACCCCGUAAGUUAUGAAUAUUGCUGCUCGUACGGUUGAUUAAGUGGACGAGCGACGAGCGGAGAGCUUUCGUACUCGAGCUGCCCUCUAUCUUCUCCAAAUCGCAGCCGCCAUUAAGUUAGAAGACAACCAACACCUCUGACAACGUGACGUAUUCUAAAUUCUACGUAUUCAAAGCUCUGUCUUUCUUGUAUACGUGCAAUCACCGUUAUAUUAUCGUAGCUAUUGGGAAAUACCAUCUACCAUAUCUAUAUAGAACACAAACUAAACGCGCUCUCUAUAUUUAAACUCGUUUCUGAAUUCGUAUAAUUUAUUAGCCGUACGAUUCUUUUGGUCGUAAGACAACUGGUAUUUAGAGAAUCGGCGAAACAGAUCUAUUAAAAUUAGAUUGGGUCGUUCUUCGAUCGAAGUAUUUUAUAAUCACGGAUUGAGCUCGAAUUUGAACUCCGGUUUUAAGUUCAGCGACAACGAAGAGUGAAGAGACGGCAGCAAAGGCAAAAAAGAAUCGACGGAGCAGAAGAAAAAGGAUCUCCCGCCAAGCGGAGCCCUGGAAUAUACAUGGCUGCAACAUCAAGUAUCAACAAUAUUGCCUCGUGUGGCCUCGGUCCUUUGACAUCUGAAAAAUA